AUGAUUGCUUUGGUCGAUCAUAAGGUGAGUUAUAUUAUUACGAAUGUUGAUUGGGAUUUUUCUCUUUCUUCUUCCCCCAUUCCUCUUCUGCUUCAGCAGCGUACUCGUAAGGUCUAUAUUCCUCAUGAUCUUAAGGCGCAUACUAGAGUUUGGAUCCACUCUUCAAAUGGUGAGUGUACUCCUAAAAUGUGCUACGAUUUCAAGCGGCCUUGUGUAAUUCUUUUGGGUUGGUGGCGUUGCAUAGGGUCGAAAGCAAUUCCUCCUUCAAAAUCUUGCAUGGUUUGGAAAUUGAUUCACAAUACGAUACCUUCGAAUGAUCAAUGGAAAAGAAGAGGUUUUACUUUACCAUCUCGGUGUGAUCUUUGUAACGAAGACGAGGAAACAUCCCAUCAUUUGUUCUUUCAUUGCAAGUAUGCUUCUUGGCUUUGGGCUUGGGUUGGUUCUAUGUUUUGGUUUCACGAUUCUAUUCAUUGUUGGGAAGAUGUGAAGAAGAUUUUCAGCAAGAAGGCGUCGGGACAAUGUAGAGUCUUACAUUAUGCUACGGUAAUCUCGGUUUUUAACGCCAUUUGGCAGGCUAGAAACAAGGUUAGAUUCCAAAACAUUGGCUUUAUUUUUUCUUACUCUAUAUCUUGUAUUUUGGAUGUUGUCUCCAUAGAUGGGAACAAUGCAGAUGAAUCGUAUUUGGAUAUGCAGGAUUUUAUGAUCCUUAAGAGUUUCCACAUUUCUAUUCGUCCUCCCAAAGCUCCGUGA